CUACAUAACUUAGUUUAUAGUAACUUAUCUCUAGGAACCUCAGAGUGAAUUAUGGUUGGUUUAAUGAUCCUGCAAUCGAAAACUGAAAAACAACAAAUUACUGAAUUCGUUUGAAACACUUUAAGCAAUAACGGGAUCCAGAAAUGCUGGACAAAGUCAAUGAAGAAUCAAUAAAAAUAGUGUGCAUCUUGGACAGUAUUGCUGUGGAUCGGUGUGUCGAAACAAAAUAGUAUUUACAUUAUGGACACAUCUCGUAUUUUUGAAUCCAGCAUUAGUCAAUGGAUGUCUUUGACUGCAACGAAAGCAUGUUGCAGGUGAUUCUAACGUGUUCCCAAAGCACCCCCGCAACCAACAGGAAUGGGAGGUGUUCCAGUGGAAACGGGAGGAGGUACUGAGGAGAAAACGGGAGGCGGAGAAGCGGAGGCAGGAAAGAAUUCGGCAAAAUCCAGAGUGGCUGGCGGAGGAGAAAAUGAAGAAAAGACUACGGUAUUUGAAGAUAAAAGAGAGAGCUACAAUGUUAAAGUUUUAGUUUGGUUUUGUUUGGAUAUGAUUUUGGCGCCAUGAAGCUUGAGGAGUUGUAUUGGAGUUAUUUCCCCAACAGUAGUGGCGGUGGGCAGAAGACUUUAUCUUUCCGUUGUGAAUGUGGGAAAACAUAUCCGCGCUACACAUCUCUGUGGAACCAUAAACGCUAUCGUUGUGGCAAGUUGCCGCAGUUCUCCUGUGGCUUCUGUGACCAUCGGACCUGGCACAAGUGCAAUCUCAAGACUCACAUGGCGGCGAAACACGCUGACAAGAUGGAGUCUGCAGAUACCAACAAGACUGACAUUGCGGUGCAGCGGAUGGACGCUUUCAAGGCCAAACUGAACUCGAUCAUGUCGUCACAGAACUCAUUCAGCACUCCACCACCGUCACAGUGUCAGACCUCACAAGCCUCUCUUCCACUGAGUUCCUCCUUGCCAUCGAAUAUUCCCCCACUUCCGCCUGGAUUGACGAUUUCAUUUCCUUCCUUGCAACCCUCACCUUCCUCUCUGCCCAGUUUUCCUAACCUGUCCACUCUCCAAAAUCCUUCCUCUCAGGAAAACUUGACAAGUGCCCUCCCUUUCUGUGAGGUUGUGGAAAAUUCCAGUACACAGAGUACAAGUGAAGCUUUCUCUCCACUAAUUUAAGCACUUUAUUUGCCUUGUACAUCAUUAAGACUGGUAACAAUUCUGAAAUUUGUCUUUGAAAUUAGUUGCAAUUGUGCAAACCCCAACAUUUUGUUAUAAAAAAUUAAUGCUGUAUUAUUUUAUAAAGUUAUUAAUAGCAAAUCAACACCUCUUUUAUAGGCUAUGUUUAUUGUUUGUUAAGUAUUUUAUGUUUUUUUAAACACUUCAAGCUACUAUUCACUUACAGUGUUGUAUCGGUUAAAGUAUACUAGGGGGAAUACAGUCCCAUUUGGUGUAUACAGUCAGGGUACGUAAUGAUAACGUUGAAAUACAAAUAUUCCAUGUGUAAAAGACUUCUCAUACCACAUAUUCCUAUAAUAUAUUAAAUACCUUUUGCGUAUUUCUUAAAUUUAAUUAUUUAUUUAUUAAUAAUAACUAUGAAGAGUAAAUUCCUCUAAUUUCAAUAAGUAACCUUUCAUCAAAUUAUGUAAGUGAAAAACAUAAUACACUGUUUGGUAAAAAUAAUAAUUUAUCUCAUUGAUUUUCAUUGGUUUCAUCAUGGUCCACCUUACAUGUUAAUUUUCUUCUAAUGUUGAGUUCAGCUCCUUAAUUCUGGAUUCCACGUCUAUCUGAAGAGAUCCAAUCAAAUUCAGUGAAGAAGCUCAAAACAAUUCUUUGUAUAAUUUUGACAUCAGAGACUACAAAAUCAAGUGUGAUCUAGAUGAAAAGGUGAUCUCAUUGUGUCACAGUGGAAAAAUUGAGUACAUUAUGACGUUUAGCUAUGAUCCUAGAGCACGGCAGAGCAACCAAGUUUUCUAUAAAAAGAAUAGUCACCUUCUUUGCUUCUUUGUCACCCUUUAUUUUGAACCUCUUUAGAUGGACGUUCCCAAAUUCCAGAAGUCUAUGACAUCAGAUUUCAGACGCUGCACUGCGUGGAA